AGCGGUUCGGUUCAGAGACGGAGCGGCGCACCCAGCCCCCGGCCGGACCCUGGAGAAGCCCCCCAAUCCCGCCCGACCCGGAUUCCCUGGGCCCUGUCCGGAUGGCCCGGAGGGGAGGAGCCAUGGAGACCAUGUUGAUCUUUUUAUGCAGCCUGCUGGUCCCGGCAGUUCUGGCCAGUGCUGAUCCGAAAACAGAAGAAGACCCUUUUCACUAUGAUUACCAGAGUCUGAGGAUUGGCGGCCUGGUGUUUGCUGUGGUCCUGUUCUCCGUAGGAAUCCUGCUCAUCCUCAGUCGUCGGUGCAAGUGCAGCUUCAACCAGAAGCCCAGGGCCCCCGUGGAUGAGGAGAUGCAGGAAGAGACUCUGAUCACCUCCAACGCCACGGAGCCGCAGAAAGCUGAGAACUGAGCUGCAGCCUCAGCUCCCACCACCUGCAGACGGAAGCCUGGAUGGGAACGCUGAGGCUUCAAAGGGCUGGAAACCCCAAUUGGGGCCCUUCCCCCUCUACUGCUCCCCCCGGCCCCCUCCCUCCUCUCUACUCAUCGAAGGCGUCUCUGCCGAUUAACUCCCCCCCCGGCUGUACGUGUGUUUGUGUUUGCGUGUGUCCGUGUCCAAAUGUGCGUGUAUGCUGGCCCUGCCCUGGUCUGUGUGCUGUUCGUAGAACUUGGGCUGAAUUUCAGCAGGCUGGGGAGUCAGGCCUUGCCACCCUGGAGCAGAACCCCCGCCCCCACCCCUCUGAUGCCUCUUGCGGCCCCUCCCUCCAAAUCCACUCCCCCACCCCUCUACCUGUAAGAGCCAUUUGAGGCCGCUGGGCUAGACCCUAAGGCUGAGGAUCUCCAAGCACUUAGCGGGGAAUGGCUCGCAUGGGGCAGAUGCUGGAGAGCCUCAUCUCUGGCCCUUGGGCCUGGUCUGGUGUCUCCCACCCUGGUUCCGGGCCCCUCUUUCUUCCAGCCCCGUUAGGAAGAUGCUGAAAGUCCAGCCCCUCCCUCUCCAGGGACUAUGGGGAAGAGGACAGAGAGAGAGCCCAGGAGUGAGGGUCUCCCUCAGAAAGUCAUCCCUCCUCAAAGCAGGGCAACAGGAACGAAGGUUUCAUCCUUCCGCACACUCCUGGUUUCCCUGCCCCUGCUCUGUGCCAUUUCAGCAAUAACCCUAGCAGUCUUCAACCCCUAGCUGUGCCAGGUCCAGACGGGAUGCCAUCUCUCUGUCGGCUCCCCAGGCUGGUCUGGGCCUCUCUCCUCCUCCCCCCACCCCAAGACACCCCGAAUGUUGGGACGGGAAGCCCAAAGCCUCCCUGGCACUACCUUGGCGGCAGCCAGCAAUCUGGAGAACAUUUCCUCUGACCUUGUGCCCCAGCCCGGCCCUUAGUGUUAGCUGUGCACAUCUCCCACUGUGGUCAGAGUGGCACUGUCUUGUACGUGUUCAGUAUCAGCAUUCAAAUAAAUAAACCCCUCUCCCACUAACGUAUGUGUGUAGAAAACAGUGAGAACCCGAGUGUCAUAAAUCAAAGCAAAAAAAGCCCCCCACCCUCUCUGUCGUGUUUGCGUUUAAACCAAGCAAACUGUGCUGCUGAGACCCAGGACUGUUGUGCUAUGUGUUGUGAACUAGACUCUCCAGGAAAAACAGAAUAAAAUAUCAUUUCUAUGCCA